AUGGUCGAAGAGAGCGACCCGAUCCUGCAAAUCGCAAUCGGUUACAACAAGCCCGCGGCGGAUGUGCUAUUCGAUGCACUUUUUACGGCCACAAGUCCUUCGCUUGGGAAGAACAACUUCGCGGUCGCCCAACCUUUGCUGAAUCUUCUGGAGGACAUUAACUCUCUGGGAGAUGUCAGGACAUUUGCCAGAAUUGUACUGGGAGUCUUUGAUGCCUUCAACCUCAUCCAAGUAAUAUGCGUCGGCAUCCCUUUGCGGUUGUACGCCAUUGAGGAUAUUCUUGCACAGAUUUGCUGCCUCGACCCCCUUGAUGUCGACGAUUUCCAGUGGAAGGCUAUUAUAGGCAUCAUGAUGACAGUAGACUUUGGGGGCACGUGGAAGAGAAGACUUGAACAGUGGAAGAAAGUGCGAUGGCCAAAGUUCAAGACGCAGUCAGAGUCCUUGUGGCUUUGUUUGCAGCAUGCCUCGCAGCUGGCGCCGGCGCAGCCACAUGUGGAGACUGUAAAAUAA